GUCAAGAAUGAAGUUUUGGCGCGUGGUUUGGUUGCGAACGGAUGGCACGGUCUAGCAGCAUUGUGAGAUAAAAUGACAGAUAGAACUGCUCCGAGCUCGUCGCUAAAACUAGAAUGGGUAUACGGUUACAGAGGACAUCAAUGCCGCAACAAUCUCUACUACACCUCGUCGAAAGAGAUCGUGUACUUCGUGGCAGGAGUCGGUGUGGUUUAUAACACUAGGGAAAACUCUCAGCAAUUCUUUCUCGGACACAACGAUGAUAUUAUUAGUUUGGCAUUACAUCCUGAGAGACAAUUGGUAGCAACUGGACAGGUCGGCAAGGACCCAUAUGUCUGUGUUUGGGAUUCAAAAACAUGUCAGACAGUUUCCAUAUUGAAGGAUGCUCAUCAACGAGGAGUUACCUGUUUGGCGUUCAACAAUACUGGCACACUUCUUGUGUCAGUGGGUUUAGAAGACUACCACCUGAUAGCUGUUUGGGACUGGAGAAAAGGGAGAUCCUUGGCAUCUGUCAGAGGACACACUGAUCGAAUCUUUGACAUUCAGUUUAACCCUUACCAAGAAAACUUGCUGGUGAGCUGUGGUGUGAAACAUAUCAAGUUUUGGACCUUGUGUGGAAAUGCUCUCAAUCCUAAAAAAGGAGUCUUUGGUAAAGCUGGCGAGAUUCAAACAAAUCUGUGUUUAGCAUUUGGUCCUAAUGAUGUAACAUACUCUGGCACUCUGAGUGGAGAGAUCUACAAAUGGAAAGGUCACAACUUAUCUGGAACUAUUCCAAAUGCACAUAAUGGAGCAAUAUUUACAAUGCAUGGAAACAAUGAUGGAUAUGCAACAGGAUCCAAAGAUGGAACUGUUAUUCUGUGGGACAACGGUUUUAAACCAAUCACGAAACUAGAGAUGAUCAACACUCCUGUUGGCUAUGAAGGGUUGUCUGUGCGAAGUGCAUUCUGGAUGGGUGAAAAAAUUCUUGUUGGUACAAAUGCUGGUGAAGUAUUUGAAGUUAUUGCUACCGAAAAGGAUAAACCAAAAACCAUUGUGCAGGGUCAUGCUGAAGGAGAAUUGUGGGCUUUGGCUGUGCACCCAAAGAAGCCAAUGUUUGCUACAGGCAGUGAUGACAGAAGUGUUAGGUUAUGGAGCAUGUCAGAUAUGACUCUUCUGGCUAGAACAGAUUUGGAUCAGAAAGUGCGUUCAUUGGGUUUCAAUGCUGAUGGUAGCCAUCUGGCUGCAGGGCUUGGUGAUGGGUCAUUCAUGGUUCUAAAAGCAAGGGAUCUUUCAGAAGUAACUCAUAUAAAAGACCGCAAAGAAGUCAUCCAUGAAUUGAAGUACUCUCCUGAUGGACAACAUCUGGCGGUGGGAUCUAAUGACAACUUUGUGGAUGUCUACUCUGUCGCGCAGCGUUACAAAAAAGUUGGAGAGUGCAAAGGCAGCUCUAGUUUUAUCACACAUUUAGACUGGUCUAUGGACAGCAAAUACUUGCAAACCAACUCUGGUGCCAGUGAGAGGUUGUUCUUCAAGAUGCCAAGUGGCAAGCGUAUUGCAAAUAAAGACGAAGUGAAGGCAAUUCACUGGGCUACAUUUACUGGUGUACUAGGAGUGGAAGUGAAUGGAAUCUGGGAGAAAUACACAGAUACAAACGAUGUUAAUGCUUGUGAUGCCAGCUUCCAGAAUGAGGUCUUGGUUACUGGAGACGACUUUGGUCUCGUAAAGCUCUUUAGAUUUCCUUGUCUAAGAAAAGGUGCUAAAUUUAGGAAGUAUGUUGGACAUUCUGCACACGUGACAAACGUGCGAUUUUCACAUGACAUGAUGAGAGUGAUGAGUGUCGGCGGUGGGGAUCACGCAAUCUUUCAGUGGCGUUACUUGCCUGACGGGUCACGUGACGAUGGCGAUGACGUGGAUGGAGGAGCGUAUUUAGAAUCUCACAGUGACGAGAGUGACUCGGAAGCAUCUGAUGCUGAUGAACUUGACAGUGAUAUUGAAAAUGAACGCCAAAUUGACUAUGGCAGAACACUGUAUCGUGAGGACUUACCAGCCUUGAAAGAAAGAUUGAAGCUCUCGAAAGAAGAACAGCAAAAGGAAGACAGUGUACCGCGACAGAGGCCUCCCAGUCAGGGCUUGAGAUUGGAGUUUGUGUUCGGUUACCGAGGGUAUGACUGCCGUAAUAAUCUGUUCUACACUCAGAGCGGUGAGAUUGUGUACCACGUGGCUGCUCUUGGGAUUGUGUACAACCGUGACGAUCAUAAGCAGAGGUUUUAUAAUGCGCACACAGACGACAUCCUCUGCUUGUGUAUACACCCUGUGAGAGACGUGGUGGCGACCGGGCAGGUGGGACGCGACCCCGCUAUCCACGUAUGGGAUGCUGUGAAGAUGGAGACCUUGGCCAUUCUUAAGGGGCAACACGAGAGAGGGGUCUGUGCUGUCGACUUUUCAGGUGACGGGAAGAAAUUAGCGAGUGUAGGACUUGAUGAUAACCACGUGAUUGUGGUAUGGGACUGGAAAAAAGGAGAAAAAUUAGCAACAACAAGGGGACACAAGGACAAAAUAUUUGUCAUCAAAUGGAAUCCCCAAAACCCAGAACUUCUUGUGACAGCUGGCAUGAAGCAUAUCAAGUUCUGGACACAGACCGGAGGCGGUUUCACUUCCAAGCGAGGAACAUUCGGCAGCGCAGGGAAAGCCGAGACUAUGAUGUGUGUCACUUAUGGAAAGAGUCCUGAUUUGGUGUACUCUGGUGGAGCCAGUGGAAAAGUGUACAUAUGGCAGGGAAAUGCUCUGCAAAACUCGGUCCAGGCCCACGAAGGACCUGUGUUUGCUAUGCAAGUGCUAGAAAAGGGUUUUGUGACCGGUGGAAAAGAUGGUACUGUAGGCUUAUGGGAUGACAAUUUCUCCCGCUGUUUAAAGAGUUACAAGGUCACUCGCACAAGUCUUAGUCCGGGUCCACCGGCUUCAAUUUUACUGGAAGAUGUUCCCCCUAUCCGUGCAAUAACACUUGGACAGGGGAAAAUUUUAGUGGGCACUAAAAAUGGCGAGAUUAUGGAAAUUGAAAAGAGUGGACCUAUCACAGUUCUAAUCCAGGGUCAUCUGGAAGGUGAGUUGUGGGGCUUGGCCUCCCAUCCAGCCGAGGAGCUCUGUGCGACAGUCAGUGACGAUAUGUCAGUGAGAGUCUGGGAUCUAGCUGCCCAUAGGUUAAAGAAUGUCCGUAAACUGACGAAGCCCGGUAGGAGUGUAACGUAUUCACCUGAUGGAAGAGUCUUGGCUGUUGGAUUUAAAGACGGUAGUUUUCAAGUCGUCGACUCAACAACCUUGGAUGACAUCGUCGGGUUUCACCACAGAAAGGAAGAAAUUUCAGACAUCAAGUUUUCACCUGGUCAAGGUAAAUAUUUGGCUGUAGCGUCACAUGACAACUUUGUUGACAUCUAUAAUGUGCUGAGUAGCAAACGAGUUGGUAUCUGCAAAGGGAGCUCAAGCUACGUCACUCAUGUGGACUGGGACUCGAAAGGGAAGCUUCUCCAAACAAACUCUGGCGCUAAAGAGCGCCUGUUCUUUGAGGCACCUCGCGGUACACGCCAAGCUAUUGUCUCCAGUGAAUCCAAGAAGAUCGAUUGGUCCACUUGGACAAGUGUUCUUGGGGACGAUUGCUCGGGAAUAUGGCCGCCCCACUCAGAUAUCACUGAUGUGAACUCAGUCGAUUUAACAAAGGACAAGAAGAUUUUAGCCACUGGAGAUGAUUUUGGGUUUGUGAAGUUGUUUGAGUAUCCAGUGCAGGGCAAACACGCUAAAUUUAAAAAAUAUGUUGGACAUUCUGCGCAUGUGACAAACGUCCGUUGGACAAGCGAUGACGGCCACUUAAUCUCUGUGGGUGGAGCCGACACGUCUGUCAUGGUGUGGUCACAUGCUCGAGCCCAUGAAAGUGAGGACACGGGCGGCGAUAGCGAUGACUCGGACACAGAUUCGGAAGAGGAAGGAGGCUAUGAUAGUGACGUAGAGAAAGAGAAGAAUCUUACAUACGAGGACAAGAUUUAUGCAAAUCCGAUACGAACCACAAAAGGUGUUAAACCACACCUCAGGGAUAGACAGGAAGACGAGGAACACAGACCCGCGGUAAGUCGGGGCUCCAAAGCUCCUCCAAAGGUGAGGCAGUUGGAUCGGCAGAGGGACUCGGGAAAAAAGAGAAGAACCCAGCCCAUCCAGGAACUUAGUUUGGAAUUCAUUCAUGGUUACCGAGGUUUCGACACCAGAAAUAACUUACACUACCUCCCUGAGGGGGACAUUGUGUACCAUGCUGCUGGAGCAGGGAUUGUACUGAGCACGGCUAAUGGUGUACAAUCAUUUUACCUCGAACAUACUGAUGACAUCAUCUGUUUGACUGUCAAUCAACAUCCUAAGUAUAAGAACAUUGUAGCAACUGGCCAGAUCGGUACAGAGCCGUGUGUGCAUGUAUGGGAUGCCGUGUCCAAGGAUACGUUAUCUGUUAUUCAAGGAUUUCACACUAAGGGAGUUUGUGCGGUGAACUUCAGCUGCAACGGCAAGCUUUUGGUCACUGUAGGAAUUGAUGCUGCGCAUAGCAUUGCUGUGUGGAAAUGGGCCGAAGGAACCAAACUCGCUAGUUCACACGGUCACACAGACAGGAUCUUCGUUGCUGAGUUCAGGCCUGACUCCGAUAGUCAGUUUGUCACGUGUGGUGUUAAACACGUCAAAUUUUGGACUUUAGCCGGCGGGCAGUUAGUGGGGAAACGGGGGGUCAUAACCACCCCCCAGCAGGGGGAAGGAGAUGAUUCUCAACUACGGAUGCAGACUAUGCUGUCAGUUGCAUUUGGAGCGGAAAACUUGACAUUUACCGGAGCCAUGAACGGAGAUGUAUUUGUAUGGCUGGGUCAUAAGCUCGCGAGGGUGGUAAGCCGAGCGCACAAUGGACCCGUGUUCGCGAUGCACACGACACUUAGGGAUGGACUCAUAGUGAGUGGUGGGAAGGAAAAAGGGAACACCAAGGAAGGCGUUGGUAUCAAACUGUGGGAUCAAGAGAUGAAGCGGUGCCGCACGCUAUCCCUGGGUCCAGGUCCCUGUGUUGUCCGGUCAGUCUGCAGAGGCAAGGGUAAAAUCCUGGUUGGCACAAAAGGCAGUGAAAUAAUUGAAAUCACAGAGAAAGCAGCUACCUCACAGACUCUAGUCCGUGGUCAUGGUGAGGGGGAGAUCUGGGGACUAGCCUGCCAUCCGGAGAGAGAAGUAUUUGUGACAGCAAGUGAUGAUCAGACAGUGAGACUUUGGGACGUGGCCAGUAAGACUAUGGUAAAGAUGGCUUCACUGGGUUUCGCCGCUCGUUCGGCGGCCUUCUCUCCUGACGGGGAGUUACUUGCUGUUGGUCUGAAAAAUGGCGCCUUUGCUCUAUUGAAAACCGCUGAGCUAAAGGUUGUGGCGCAGAAGCGUGAUCGUCACCAAGCUAUUCAAGAUAUCAGAUUUAGUCCAGAUGGUAAAUACCUGGCAGUUGGAUCAGAUGACAGCUGUGUUGACUUCUAUGAGCUUCGCGAAGGACGACCUCUUUCACGUGCUGGUUACUGUAAGGGAAUCCCUUCUUUCGUCACUCAGAUGGACUUCUCUGCUGAUGGCAGGUUCAUUCAGGUUUCCACGGGCGCUUAUGAGCGUUUAGUGUUCACUGUCCCAAGUGGAAAUCCCUUAAAGGACAGAAAGGAAAUCAACAGAAUUACUUGGGCCUCAUGGACGAGUGUUCUUGGUAAUGAGGUCAUUGGUGUUUGGCCUCGUAACGCUGACAAAGCAGACGUCAACUGCGCCAAUCUCUCAUCCAGCGGUCUCUCGCUUGCCACCGGUGAUGACUUUGGUUUUGUGAAACUGUUUGAGUUCCCUGCCUCAGAGAAAUUUGCUCCCUUCAAGCGGUAUGUGGGCCAUUCCGCUCACGUGACUAAUGUGCGAUUUACAUGUGAUGACCGAUACCUGAUAAGUGCAGGGGGAGAUGAUUGCAGUGUCUUUGUUUGGAAAUGUACGUAACCGCGUUCCCAGCAAAGGUGGCGGUCUCGUAAAACUCGAUAAAACUCAGUCAGUUGAAAGAGCGGAAGACAACAACUAUAAGAAGAUUCAUCUCCGAAAGUGAAUUAAUUGGCUCGUUGAAAUUGAGGGGUGUUUUGCGCUGUUCAACCUCAAACUCUGGUUAAGUUGACGGUGUACGUCGGAGACAAAAUAUUUGUUUAGCGCGAGCUUUUAAUCAGAGAUAUGUGGCCCGAUGAUGUCACGACUUUCGAAGAACUCUGCAGUGCUCGUUUUCAGAUGAGCAUAGACUAAAGUUCGAAAACGAUUUAAGAUUUUUUUCCUGCAAUUGCGCACGAACUUUUCCCUGAUGUGGGAAUGAUAUUAGAAGCAAAAGAUCAGAAUUGCUUUGAGAUUUCUAACCGUCAUGCAAUUGGGUUAAGUUCUUUUAGUGAAAACAAAGAGGGAAAAUCUGGAGUGUUUUGGAUCAGAACAUUGAGGGGCAGCCGAUGAUAUCGGAGAAUAUGCCCGGGGCUUUCCACGAUGCUACUGGAGACGAGUUGUGUCAAGUUCUCUGCACCAUUUUGAUUGUUGUUGUUGUUUUUUAUCUCAAGGGCUGAGAAGAAUUUAGUUGUAGAUUUGCGAUGUUUCCAAGUCUUUUUGCCUGAAGUCGACAUGAAAAAGUCGUAUCUUUGGUCUUUGACAAAUUACUUCGUAAUUAAAUGGAAGCACAUUUCCGCACAGUGAGUUCUACAGGGUCUUGCCUUAAAGAGGAAAGGAAAAUAAGGAGGAAAGGAAAUAAUAAAAGGCCUUGAGGGCAAAAUAAAUCACAAAACAUGA